CAGCACUCAAGUCGUCAACCUCGCUCGACCGCAAGCACAAGGCAACUCAUGGUUACUUCGGUCUCCGGCGCCACUCGGGCGAUUUUUGCUCUAUGCUCCGUAAUCGCUGCCAACGGCGGCUUUGCCGCUGGUGCCGGUGCUCAGGCCGACGUCGGUUCUUGCUUGACUAAGGCUGGCAUCCAGAACUCGGUCCCCACCACCACGACUUGGACGAUGGAUAUUCAACCGUGGAACUCGCGUGUGAACCCCAUGCCUAACGCUGUCGCCUUCCCCAAGACGGAGCAGGAGGUGACGGCUGCGCUGAAGUGCGCCGCUAGUGCUGGCGUUAAGGUGACCACGCUGGGUGGCAACCGCUCGUUCUCCAGCAUGGGUUUUGGCCGUAACGAUGGAGCUCUUGUCAUUAACCUGAAAGCUCUUAAGCACCUUAAGUACGACGCGUCUACGAAGUUGCUGUCCUACGGUGGCCCCGUCAUGAUCUCGGAAGCCGCAAACUUCAUGUGGAACAAGUACAAGCGCACUCUUCCCCACGGCCGUUGCCCCGAUGUCGGCAUGACCGGUGUGGCUGCUUCGGGUUUCGGCACCCUUUCACGUGCUAGUGGUACUGUGCUCGACAACAUUGAGUCGGUCCGUGUGGCUCUUGCCAACGGUUCCAUCGUGAAUGCCGAUGCUAAUCACAACUCGCAUGUCUACUGGGGUGUGCGUGGUGCUGCCAGCUCGAUGGGUGUGGUACUGGACUUUAAGAUCAAGACCCUUGAGCCCCCUUCGGAGCGUGUGACGAAUUACACUAUCGCUUUCAACUCAAGCUACAAGCCCACUCAGCAGGACAACGUGGAUGCCCUUAUUGGUACGCAGACAUGGGCCCUCAGCAAGGAUAACAACGACCUGGUGUCUAUCCGCUUCAGCCUCAAGACCAAGUCCGCACUGCAGGGUUUCUUCUACGGAGGUGGCGCCAAGGCUAAGGCCGUGCUGGGCUCGCUCAUGAAGAACCUACCCGCUUCCAUGGUCCUGACCACGAGCGAAAACGACUUCUGGACGUCCGAGGACAUUUCGACCCCCGGCCUUCAAAAGGAGACUCUGACUCCCCGUCGUUUCUUCUACAUCGCAUCGGUGACCAUUCCUCGCUCGACUCCGCUUGACAACGCCACCGCCUGGGAGCUGUUUUCCGGUACAGCCUUCGCUCCCAAGCUUCCGGACGCGUCAGCCUCCGGCUUCGUGGACAUCUGGGGUGGUGCGUACGCCAAGACAGUCAAGGCUGACGCUUCGGCCUGGAAACACGACGACAACCUGCACUUGGUUCGUUGGGACAUGCGUACGGCUACGUUCGACGUGAAAUUUGCCGACAGCUCGAUUGCCACGAUGCGCAAGGGCUUCUACAGCUUCGUGGAUGCUUACAAGGCUUCGGGCGGUGUGCCCGGCGGAUUCACGACCUACCGUGACGAGAAGUGGACGGUGCCGGAGAUGGCCGAAUACCUGUACGGCGGUGGUAACUUCAAGAAGCUGCAGCAGAUCAAGACGGAGGUCGACCCGAACGAAAUGUUCAACACGGACCCUCAGGCCAUCCCCGUUUUGGCUUAGACGAUCGUGUACAUCGAUCGAUUAAAUUGGUGCUUCUAUUCAGAAGAUUUGUCUCUAGUGCUACAGUAGUAGAAGAACACUGUGAAUGUAACCACCACCCUCGAGGCUUUUGAGGCUUAGAAAAA